CUAUUAAUAUCUUCCUUCGCACCCACAUAUUCUUUGCCAUUGCCUUUCUUUGUUAAUUCAUAUCCACACAAAGAAAUGCAGAAAGAAAUAAGCUUUUCCAUGGAAAAAGGAGAUGCCCAUGAACAGUAUGAUGACGACGGAAGAGUCAGAAGAACAGGGACGUUAAUGAGUGCAAGUGCACAUAUAAUAACGGCAGUUAUAGGGUCAGGAGUGUUGUCACUUGCAUGGUGUUUUGGUCAAUUAGGUUGGAUCGCUGGGACUGCUUCUCUUAUGAUUUUUGCGGUCAUCACUUGGUUCACCUGCCUCUUGCUUUCAGACUGUUACCGGUCUCCUGAUCCUGUUAAUGGUACCAGAAACUACAAUUACAUGCAAGCUGUCAAAGCUAAUCUUGGGGGACUUCAAUACAAAUUUUGUGGAGUAGCCCAGUACGGGAUCCUUAUCGGAGCAACCAUUGGAUAUACUAUCACCUCCGCCAUUUCAAUGGCGGCAAUUAAACGGUCAAAUUGUUUCCAUAAACACAGUCACCAUACUGGAUGUCACACGUUGAACAAUUCGUAUUUGAUAAUCUUUGCAUUAAUUGAAAUUGUUUUAAGCCAAAUACCAAACUUCCAUAAGUUGUCGAUCAUUUCCAUUGUUGCAACAAUCAUGUCUUUUACCUAUGCCACCAUUGGCAUUGCUCUCUCCAUUGCUAAAAUUGCAGAAGGUGGACACCCGAGAACAAGUUUAACAGGAAUACCAGUUGGAAAGGACAUGCCAAGUGUAGAGAAAAUGUGGAGCACUUUUUCAGCCAUUGGAGAUAUUGCUUUUGCCUAUUCUUUUUGUCCAGUCCUUCUUGAGAUACAGGACACAUUGAAGUCAAGUCCUCCAGAAAACAAAGUUAUGAAAAGGGCAUCUACUGUGGGAGUCUCGGCAUCGACCUUAUUCUACCUGAUAUGUGGGACACUUGGAUAUGCAGCUUUCGGUAAUGAUGCACCUGGGAAUUACUUGACAGGGUUUGGAUUUUACGAACCUUUUUGGGUUAUCGACUUUGGUAACUUAUGCAUUGUGAUUCAUCUUCUUGGAGCCUAUCAGGUGUAUGUCCAACCAUUUUUUGCGUUCGUGGAGAGUUGGAGCAAGGAAAAAUGGCCUAGAAACAAAUUCAUAGUUCGAGAAUACUCGGUAGGUAAAUUCAAGAUUAACAUCUUCAGGUUGACUUGGAGGUCAGCAUACGUGGUGUUAGCAACAUUGGUGGCCAUGAUCUUUCCGUUUUUUAAUAGUUUUCUUGGCCUUAUUGGUGCCACUACCUUCUGGCCAUUAACGGUGUAUUUCCCAAUAGAGAUGUACAUUUCACAAGCAAAGAUUCCAAAGAAUUCAUUCACAUGGAUUUGGAUGAAGGUAUUGAGUCUGGCAUGUUUGAUUGUAUCGCUUGUUGCUGCGGCUGGAUCUAUCCGAGGCCUCAUUGUAUCAGUUGAGACCUUCAAGCUUUUCCAUUCGGUGUCCUAGAAUUUGAAACCUAAUUGUUUCAUUUCAAUAUAAACAUGCAUUAUUCCA